UGAUUUUUUUGCCUUGGUGCUGGUCUUCUAUUUGGGCUUAUUUUGACAAAAUGGUAGCUCCUAUCAAAAAGAAAUCAGACUAUGGUCAUCGUAGCAACUUCCUAAACGCUUGUAUUGUAUUAUUUUCAUUACGUGCUCCUAAAUUCACCUUUAUAUGCCCUUGUCUGUUUUUUGUUGGAGAGUAACAUAAUUUAUUGCAAACUCUCAGGUCUCAACAGACCAUUUUUUUGGGGGUGUUGAAGCACUCCUAAAUUUCAUCUUUUUCUGCAGCUGCUGAUAAGGUUCAACCUGCCUUAAUUAUUGGUGGUGUAACUCUAUACCAUCAUCUCUGAGUCCAUCCUACCGUCCCCCAUUACCAUCUGUUGUGCUGCUGCCACUGCAGACAGCAGCAUAGAACUCUCUCAUCCUAGAAGGUGAUCUGCAGCAAUACGCCAUCCCUCCAGGACCUGAACACGCCCAUAUGGUCUGCAAGAAAGAAUUGUGGCCUCAACUCUGCCAACAGAGUUUCAGUCAUUCAUUCCCCUUGGCUGCAGAUCAAAUUCAGCUGAUACUUUCAUUCCCCUCAAAGAACUAUGUCAGUGCAGGAAGUCAUGAGAAUGACCAUGGCCCUUCUUGGGUGUUUAUUGUCUUUCUUAACUUUUCAAGCCUGUAUUGUGUUUGUUGCCAUGAGUCUAGAAGUCCAAACAAGUAAAUAGCAGCUGUCUAUUUAUGAGAUGAUGUUUUACAAAUAUUCACAGUUGGUUAUGUUUUCACUGGGAAAAAUAAAAAUAAAAAUAUGGGAUUUUAGGCAAUAAUUUCAUCUUUUACUUUUUAAACAAUUGAAUGUUGGGAUCUAAAGAAAAAAGGAAAUUUUUUAAGAAGUUAGCUUUAUUGAGUUGUAAGAAAAAUUGUAUGUGUGUGCUGUAACGUGUAUUUUAUCAUUGUAUAUGUACAGUAUGUUAAUUAUCAUUUACUGAAAAUUACUUGGUGUGAAUGCUUGCAGGAUUAUAUGUUUGUUUUAGCUAAUGAGCAUGAGAAAGGAGAAGUGCAGCCUUGCAGUUGUCAAUCAAUCAAAUUUUAUUUAUAUAGCGCCAAUUCACAACAGUCGUCAUCUCAAGACGCUUUUCAAAGAACAAGAGCAGGUCUAGACCACACUCAUAGUUUGAUGAUCAAGAACCAACCUAAGAUGUGGCUGAUACUUUUCCACUGAAGCCAUGCAACUAAAUGAAAGCUUCAAUUUCACUCACAGGUUGUUUUCCCAACAGUGUGACAUUGAACUGAUAAGCAGGAACCUGAUGAUAAACUAAGCUCUCUUUGUUCUACCAGUACAGACCACAGCUGCAACCUUUACUAUAUUUGGAUACUGUUGUAAUUUCCUGCCAUUUAUGAGAUGAUAUGUUAAUGGGCGGGGGUGUUUGUUUCUUGACUGCAUAAAGGAUGUGUAAAAAUGUUAAUCAUUCAGUGUGGGGGAGCUCACAUGGUUGAUAGCCCAAAGAAUACAAGCUCAACAGUCUAAUGCCAAAGAGAACUUUGCCGAGCAGCAUGUCUAUGGUCGCUUUCACACCUUGAAGUCCGGAUCAGAGGGAAGAAAUGAUAUAUUGCUACAAUCAAGUUUUGGUCUGGUCUGUGUUCACACUGUGAUUUGUCAAAACAUACCUUUUUUGUAAACAAAUCACAUGCGGCCUACAGGUCGUUCAGCCAUUGGUCAGAAAAUUUGCAAGAGAAAAUCACCUUCUGUCAUUUUUUUUCUCCGUCAACAGUGGAGCAGCGUCAGCGUAUAGCACUAGCUUUGACAGCUAUUAUAUUGAUAUUGUGCUGCAACCAGGAUGGAUGGAGACAUGUGAGCCAUGACCAUAGACUGUAUGACAUGGUUCUAAGGACAUGUUACAGAAGACGAAGGCUGGCCCUUAUGGGUGCCUAUGUUUUUUUUGUAUUUAUUAUGCUGAAGAUGAGUGAGGUAUGUUUUCAACAUUACAUGAACUCUGGCCAGUAGAUCUAAUGAUGGGAUGUGAACCAUUAACGACUGUAGUAUUGAUUUCCGAUGUAACCUGUCCUUUUGCCAGUAGUUUCCGACGUUUUGGUUUGAUAAAUUAUAACCCGUCAGCUUCCUCCUCCUCUCUGUCGAGCUGCUAGUGCUCACAGACCCUCCACUUCCUAUUCUCUUAGCUGGUAACACACAUCCGUCUUCAACCCAUGAUGCACUGCUGUUUUGGUUUGCUUCCUUUAUUUGGUUCUAUCAAAAGUCUGGUUACAUUCUCACCUGAAGCAAACCAGACCAUGGUUCACUUCGAACCGGACCGAGUCCCGACUUUUUUGGGGGACCAUGGUCCGCUUAUUUUGUCCGACAAAAGUCUAGACUGUGGUCCGGGGGAGUGUUUAGACAUGAAAUUUUGUUUCGGAUCAAACUGAAAAGUCCUAAUAUCUGGACCAAAGGAGGCUAGUGUGAAAGCGACCAAAGUAUCGUUGGACCUUGGACUUGGGGAGGGGGCGUCUUGAUGUUCCUCAAGGUGGUCAGUCAUUGUACUUUGGAUACUGCGUGCCUUCAAGUAUAAGAUCACCUACAUACGGAACAAAGAAAGUUUAGGACAAAGUUACGCUGUUCAGGACUGUUCACAAAAACGAGAAUUUCUGAGAAACUUGCAAGCUAUAGUUCUCUCUUCUGCCUUUUUAUUCAGUAGGCAUUUGCUUGGAUCUAUGGCAGGAACACCAAGACUGUGUGACUGAUUUCAAAUGUGAAUGUGCCGUUAUUGAAAUUAUAAGGAGCUAAGGAAAUAGCAUGCACUCUGUGUGUGGCCUGCAUGUCAGUGUUUGUUUUUGAGUUGACAUGGGUGAUGUCCAAGUGACUGAAAUGGGUUUGUUCUUUGUUUCUGCUUUACACAACUAUGUUACGAGUGAACUGAUUUGCAUCCCAUGAGCAAAUUCAUGUAUCCCAGGUGAAAGACAUACCUUCACCGUCAGGAAACUACAAUUUCAAACUAUUUCAACUCAUACUGAAAUGCACUGAACCUUAGUAUUCGAGGUAAAAGAUUUGCUUGUUAUUGCUGAUGAUGAACGGUCAGCAUUGUGAUGUGAAAAACUGUGUUGUCAACGAAAGUUUAAUGUUGAGUAAUGAACAGAACAUGAGCUUGAGUGAUAUUUUUUUAAUCAAAUCUUCAGGGUGUUACUGUGUCAAGGAAAACCACACAUUCAGAUAGUACGACAUAAAAUACUCACCACGACCUCUAGAUGUCAGCAGAACAAGCACAUAUGGGCGUUCUUUUAGCUCUCUCUGUAUUCUUCAUGUUCGUGCUUCAACUAACCAUGAGAAUGUGUUGCUAAAAUUUUCAUCUUUUGUGCUUAGUGAUGUGUUUUUUUUCCUCCUUUCUGCAUUUAAUAUAUGUAAAUCAUGAUAGGCCACUUUAAUUUACCCUUUUGUGUUUUUUUAACCAAAGGACACCUGAUCGUUACGUAACAGUGAUACUCAGGUUUUUAGCCAUGACCCUCCUAUCCAACAAGCUUGCACAGAAUACACUUGAAAAAUCCUAAUUUUAUGUUAUUUUUAUUACAUUUUUUAAUGAUUACACGGUAUAAAAUUAAGCUGAUGUCUAUUUGUAAAGGCUGCUAAGAAGCUCUGUGUUUGAUUAAUGAGACUGGAUGUAUUUCUGCAGUGAAGCACUACACUGUUAGCAAAACAAACACUCCAAGUCAGGGAUUAUUCGAGAGUUUGCUUUUUUUUGAAGUGCUACAGGCUUAUGCAGGGAUCAGUCAAAUAAAGAAAACUACAUUAUCAGUUCAAGUGAAGCAUGCUGUUAACCAUCAAUGUGUUUGUUAGUAGACAGAGCUAAGGUCACAGAUGUUUGUUUGUUCACCUACUUUUCAGCAUCCCUUUCAUGACUGCACGGUGCGGGGUAUGUAAACUCUUCGAAAACAUCUGUUUCUGAUCUGUUUUUUCAAGAUAAGAAGAACUUUAUUUAUUUUCAAAGGGAAACUCAAAGCUUACUCUAUCAUAAAAUUCCCCCAUUAUCAAAAUUAUGGCCUCAUUAGUUGUUCUAAUCCAACAACUUCAACGUAAUGAAGCUGUAUGGAUAUUAGGAAGCCUACUGCUCUUGCUGAUACAAGGUUUAGGUUUGUUAUUAUAAAUACUUAGGAAACAGCAACACGUUUUAUGUAUUUAACAAGGCAAGAAAUUUAACUCACCGGAGAAAAUGAAGUCUACUCAAUUAUAUUGUUGGCCUUUGCUGAUCAUAUCGAUCGAGGGUUAAAGACAUUAGCUGUCUUUCAUGUGCAGUUUGUGCUUUUUUUCCAUUCUUCUUUCUUUCCUCAUGACAAGAAAAAGACAGUGGGCGGACAACACCUAGUAAGGCCAAGCAGAAUGAAACACCUUCUCACCAGGUCAUUUUUCUUAUCUGUCUCAGAGGCAAUAACACAGAUUUUUUAAAAAGAGAAAAAUUUGACAAGGAUAUUGAGCUACGUGACUGCCUCUUAGGAGCUAUUCCUCGUACUAUGACUUGUGUCAGUGUAGCAUGAAAAAUGUAUUAUUGAUCAUCAGGCUGUGUAAUGUAAUCCUGGUGCUCUAUGCGCCGACUUCAAUCUUCCCUGGUCAUAACAGCUUCAACGAACUAAUUGUAGCCUAGCUGCAUUUGUUCACACCUUUGGGUAGCAGAAAAGACUUGCCUAGCCCUCAGGCUUUUUUUCCCUUUUAGACCAGCAUAGCAGUCUCUGACUGAUGUGCACAAGUGCAGGAGAGGAAGAGAGCAGACCCCAGUGCAAGUGAGACGCACAGCUAACCAGCAGCUAACAAGAAAAUUAUCCUUUGGUGUGGAAACAAGCCAGUCGGUGGAAGGGUGUAUCAAUGAGAACAGGAACAUUUCAAGACCUCCUGAAAGACAAAAACCACCAUGACUCGCCCUCUGUUGGCCUUUUUGGGAAUUGCAAGGUGAUUCAACAAAAUGGCUGACAACUGAUUAUGCAGUAGAAGACCAGAGGAGUGCUAACUGCUUAACCCUCCUCCUGUGUGAGGGUCUGCAGCGACCACCUUUUGUUUUGAAUUCUUAAAAGAACCACUUCAAUCGAGACUUUUUGACUUUGUCAGCAACCUCUAGUUCAACAAAAUGAAAAUAAAAAAUUUAAUUGACUUAAUUAUAAAAUGCUCUUAUUAAGAUUAUGGCACUUGCCGUUAGGGUCACUGUUGACCUGGUUAGAUCAAUAUCUAAUAACUAGAGCAAAAACUGAAAUAAUAAGUGCACUCUCAGGCACCACACUGACAGUCAGAUCCCCUUAUAAUUUUGCCAUGUUUUACCAUGUACAAAUAACAACAUCGGGCACGUCCAGACAUGUGAGAUCAAGUCAGUAUUGAUGUCUGUAUGAGGGUACACUGACACCAAAAAGUAAUACAAGCAAUAUUUUUAUGGAUAAUGAACCCUAACAAGUUAACCUCGAGAUGAGAACCAAUUUGGAUGAUAGAGAUUUGUUUUUAGUGUAAUUUACUGCUGAUGGGUACGUUGUAGAAGCUAACACAGGAGGAGGGUUUAAAAAAACAAAUGCUGCUCAUCUAAAUAAAAAGUAUGAUUUUCAGAAGGCUAAGAAUCACAGUGUUGGUAUAUCGGAUAUCUUGUUUAGAGAAUCACUUGAUUCAUACAAAAAUGUAUAUAGCCUAUAUUUGUGGGGUUACAUGAAUCACUUAAAUUUCAAACAAAAUCAUAGUUUCUCUUACAGGUCACAAAUUCAGCUGAGUCAACAUUCACAAGCAUUGACUGAACAGUUUUCACACUGUUUGGCUUUUAAAAAAAAAUAUCUUAAUGCUGCAGUAAAAUUGGGAUCACUACUUAACAAUCCCUGUGAGGUCAGUUAUUGAACACAUAAGAAACACUCAAACACAAGUGUUAUCCUCUUUUUAACCUACUGACAAACAACCAAAGCCCUGACUGUCUGUAGUUUACAGACAUUAUUCGCUCUUCCUCUGGCUCCUCCUCCUCCUCGGUAUAAGCCCUCCCCUUCAGCCCCGCACUCUCAGUCUGUCGCGGGCAAACCUCCCCCCACCUCCCUCUCCAUGCUGAUAUCCUUCUCCCCUGUUGUCCCCUGUUCCAACCGUCGUCUCUGUGCGGUACUUUUCACCACACUGUCUGCCGGUUUGGUCACUCCAGGCAGGGGUGCUGCUGUAUUGCUCCUGCCUGCUCAUUCAUGCUAACUGGAGCUGCUCAUACCUACCUUUAACUACUGAUCUCAAACCACAGCCAGGCGAGACACAGCAACAAAAAAAGAAAAAAAAAACCCGCAAAACAAAAAAAUAUCGUCGAAGUCGCGACUGCUGCUCAACGCGUUCGACCAACCGCCUCCUACCGGUGACGUCGACUCAUGGUGGAUUUUUGAGCGCGAAAGGAGGAGGAGUCAGUUCGCAUGAGAAGGAGGAGACCAGUCGGUAGAGUCCGCGAACGCUCAACUACACAGGUCUGGCCGCACAGUUCUUCAGUUGCCUUUUUUUCUCGGUUGAAUGCUUAAAAACUGGAGGAAAGACACCACAUCUCGACCACAAUAGCGACAGUACAGUCGGUCCGGAAGAGUCCCCAACAGGAGGCAGAGCGGAAAGUGUGAUAUAUAUACUCUGACGCCAGUAGGUCGCGAUCAACGGUCGACGACGCGAAGUAACGGUGAGUCGAGGUACUGCAGCUAGCAUGCUAAUUCUAAUGCAGUGGUUUGUGGAAUUGAAGCACAUGAACACAUUCUCAUUUGAACUUAGGCUUGUUUAUGAACUAUUUUGCAAAUAUUUUUAGUUGUAUUUUUAUAAGUUUUGGUGUGAUCACCUUGCACAGUUAGCAGCCUGCAGUUAGCCUGCUGUUGGCCCUCUUUAGACGGCUAGCGGCAGGCUUUCGCAGUUGAAAGUAAAAUACUUUAAAAAUACAUUCAUAUGUUUUUAAUACACUUAAACUGAUUUUUUUCAACAAAGAUUUGUAAGUCUAACAGCAGUAAUUCCUAAUAAGUAUAUUUUUUUAGCGUGACAGUAAAUGUUCCUGGUGGUGAAUUUUAGCAAUGUUUUGGUUUUGAAGGUUACAGGACCGCGAAGCUUUAGUGAGUUGGCUGAAAAUGCUAGCAUACGCAAUCAAAGUUCUACCUCCCAAUCCAUAUGCUAAAGGUGAAUGAUAAAUUAAUUAUUGUUCAUUUUAUUGUACUUUCAUGACUUCUCAACAUAUCCUCACAAAACAUUCACACCUACCACGUAUGGACCUGUUGUGUUGGCAAAAUUGUUUUUUUGGUUCUACGACAAGCAGCAAGCACAUUGAACUCACUGGGAAAUGACCUUUUUGGGAAAGGGCCAAAACAAAGGCAGAUCUUGGUGACAAGUUGUCUCCACAGAGAUCUUAUGUAAUAUAUCUAGAUGAAAUGUGAUAGCACUGUAGUGCAUCAUGGGGCUAGAUACUUUUUGUCAUCUGAUGAACACUGAUAAAGAUUUCAGAAAAUACAAGUUUCCUAAACUACUGGAGUCAACAGAAAGUUUGUGUCCAAUUGACACUGAAGAAGUCAGGUACGGUGAAGAGCUAACUCUUAGUUUUCCUGUUGUGCAGUCUAACCCCCUCCUGGUCAGAAAUGGUUCAGCCCAGUAAUUUUCCAUGCACCACACUGUCCUAGAAUGUGGGUGGGGCUUAAUGUCAAUGGUAAGAGCAGUUAGGAAGUGCCUCUCUUUCUCCUGUUAGGUGAAGUUUAAUCACAAAAAAAAAAAAUCUUUUCAUAUCAGAUCCAGCUGAAGGGAUGCACAGAAAAUUGACCCUUUUUGAAGCUGUGUUGACUUGUCAGUCUCACAGCCAUAAGUCACUCACAGCUUAAAGAAUAAGGCAGUCUGCAGAGUUAGACUGUCAUCUUUAAAAAAUAUACAUUUAAAAAAAAUCUUGCAUUACAUUUAGUUUCCAAAAAGUAAGCUUUGUUUUUUUGUAUUUUUGACCUUCUGAGCACAUGGUACAGCCCUGUUUCUGGUUUCACCUCCCCCACUGCACCCAGUGGCUGUGCUCACAUGGUGCAUUUGCAAUUCAUUACACAAGCUAUUUUUUUCUGCUUGACGGGGAAGCAGCCUCUAAAGGCUCCACCUACAUUUUCCAAAGGCCUCACUGAUGUUUGAAAUGAGCUUUUUCUUGCUAUGCCAAUUUCAAUUUUAUUUCUAGUUUAUCACUAAACAAUUUUUUUUUGAUCAUGUAGCUCCUGCAAAUAUUUUCAGAGUGAGUGACUAGAUAAAAAAUAAUAUAUGUAUGAAGAUCUGCCAUUUGAUUGUUUUAAUAGUGAGGCCCCUAAAUGUCCUUCAUAUUUAAAAGAAGAGGAGUUCAGGUGUCUCGCAGUUUAGACUUUCUUAUUUUGCGUUUAUUCAUGUCCUCUGUCAAAUUAUGGUCAGCUGUAGCUGUUGGCCACUGGCUCAUCACAGAUAACGUCAUCUGUAGAUUUAGAAGACUAAUAUACUACUUAACUUAGCAGUAACACAUAGAUGUGUCACACUCAUCCCAGGGUAAUUGUCUGACUAAACUGAUAAAGACAUCGAGGAGUAAACUCUACUUUCCACAUAUUUUGUGACUGAAUCGAUAUGUUUCUAAUGUGCACCUUUGGAAAUAUUUUUGCAAUUUAUACCUAGCAGAGACAUCUCAAAAUAAUAAAUCUUUACUGGCAAUGAUAUCAGUCUCACAACAAACAAGCCUGUAUAUUGGUUCUCUGAGUUCAAAGCAAUGUGAACUGAAUCUGUUGAUACUUUUAUAAACCAUGAUGGUUUAUUUCCUGCUUUUUCUGCUCGUGGUGAUCUUACACAUUGAAUGUAUACUCAUUAUUUUGUGAAUGGUGUCCAAAAAUCCCAUAUUUAUUCUUUUUUAUUUUAUUCACCUUCCCAAGUGUGUAGGAACCGGUUUCGACCGGUAUCAGCUGGUUUCUCUGCUUCAGGCGGAUGUUGAGGGCUAUAGAAAUAUGGUGGAGCUUAAGCACUGCAGUACCCAAUUGUUGUUCUAAAGUGUAUUUUAUGCUGCUAAUAAGCAUGUCAAAAGGCAAACUAAUUGGACAAUAAUAAACACUUUAAUAAUAAUAAUCAAUUUUUAAUUAUUCAUUUUUAGUGACUGCACUAGUGUUAAUGAUAGUUGUGCAGAGCAUGCAGCAAAUUUGCAAACUUUAAAGGCAUACCCUAAAACCCAUCAGAAUAUUUAACAGCAAGAGGACACUGGUGAGUUUUUAGAUUUAAUUUUAAUAAUAGAGAAAUUUAAGCAGCGGUUGAUGUCUUGAGUAUUUUGUUUAGAUUUACCAACACCUUCUCCACCCACUCUUAUAGCCUUGUGCAUAAUGUCUCAGUGGUGCUGAUCCAUUCAUCUAGUCAUGCGACCCACUCUGGCUGAAUUUUCUGUGCUCAAGCACAGUAUGUGCAACUUCGUUCUUCAUAUCACAAUUAAUCCCUCUUUUUUAGCAGCAUGUCAAUAAGGGAACAGAGUAAUGUCCAUCACAUGUCUAAUAAUUAGCUGUUUAAUAAAUUGUGAGGCUACAUCAGCACAAGGUAGACCAUAGGCAGACGGAAAUAAAUUGCAUGUUUGAUGGUCACCCAAUCUAGAGCAACUCUGUGAAUUAUUGCUCAGCUAUUGUCCCGUCCUUUUUUUUACACAUGGAAUAAGACAAUGAUUCAAAGCAAGCUGGCUUUAGUCGUUUAACUGGAUUCUUUUCAUGUCCGAUUCGACUGAAAAACCACUUGCAGUCUGAUAAGAAAAGGAAGAACACAUCUUUGUAAAACCACAUCAGUCACAAGAUGUUUUCCCAUGUUGGCACAAUGCAGAACAGGAUAUGUGAAGUGCUAGGGUUAGGAGGAAUAAGUUGUGAACAUACAUCAGGAGUGCUUCGUACAUGCUCAAACAUGCACCAACAAAAGGCACUUUUCCAUUCUACUGACUCAAGUGCCACUUUCCCUGCCCAUUAUGCCUCUAUUUUUACUUGGACUAAAUACAAAUGGAUUUAUCAAUGCAUUACAAUAUAUUUUUUUCCCAACUCAGUAUUGUUUAAGACAAUCCAGUACCCAUAUCAGAGAGCUUCUGAAACGUGUGAUUAGCUGACCUGUGUAGAGCAUAUGUGAAGUGAGUAAAUUAAAGGUGGGGUAGGCAGGAUCUAAGAAAGUGCCCAUUUUGGGAAGAAAUCUUGAAUGUACACACUACACCAACCAGUUUUCCCCUUCUCCCUCUCUGUUCCAGUAAGCCCCGCCCACAAACACACUUGUCCUUGCUUGUACUGUUUCAAUUAAAUUCAGAUAUAAUGCAGAUAAAUACUUAAGAUAAUUACAAAUGGGGCCCAGUCAACGUUAAAGUAAAAAGCAUUGGUGCUACUGUAGAUGCCAACAGACUACCAGCAAACACAAUGUUUGCAGGACUUCUGCAACUAAAAUAAAGUGACAUACUCCAGGACCCAAGGUAAACAUCUUAGCAGCACUGCAACACACAGUAAGUCAAGUUUGACAAAAAAACACUUCUGUUACAGACACUUGGCUUACUUUGUUAAAGUGGUUAACCUGUCCAGCAAAAAGGUUACAGGGUCUGUAAGAUCCUGAAGCAUCCCCCAUCAUCACCCAGCUUUUAGGCACUUGUCUACUUCCAUUUUAAGCGCCCGUUAUUCCAUCAAAGUCUCCAGUAUUUACUUCAUUUUCUUACUUGUGUUGGCAGUCGUGGCCUAAGGAUGAUUCAGAAAUUUUUUGUACUUUCUGGUUGGUUUGUGGUACGAUAACUUUGUUUGGGCUUGUGAGCGUUGUUCGUGGAGCACGCCUUACAACAUGAGGGAGCAACAUCUGCCUCACAACCAAUCAGCACUAAGGAGCAGCAUCGGCCUCACAACCAAUCAGGUCGGGGAGGCGGAGAAUGGCUUUAUUUACAGUCAGAAAGAGUGGGCCGCUCAAAAAUUUAAAAAUGUUGACUGCACAGGCAAAAGAAACUACAGCGAUAUCUUGUUGUUCCCAAAUGUCAUCAAUAACAAUUAGCUAUUGACUGAUAAUAAAUGCUUUUUGGUAUAUACACCACAAAAAAGAUGCUUCUUUAACGGAAUCCUGCCUAUCCACCUUUAACAUCCAGAAAUUCGCAAAUAACUUAGUUUUAAAGUCUUUUGUUCAAUUGAAAAGGUGGGUUGCAGUCAAAUGACUUCUGCAACCACUAAACCAGAUAAAAGACAGGGGGGGCGUUUUAAACAGCUUAAGCUUAAUCACAGGUACUGGUCAUGAUGACCACGGGAGCAGCCAGCACCCUGCUGGUAGGCACUCACUAGAAAUGAACAAAUACAUUUUAAAAAAGUCCCCCCUGCUCAACAAUGCUGGGUAUCUAGCCAAACAAACCAGGCCAACAGCCUUCAAUCAUCGUGAAAAUUUUCCACAUAAAGAAACCAGCAAUAUACUGUUCAGAUAGUAUACCUUUGCCAGCUGCUUUCAGGGACUCCUUAAUUUCAGGUUAGAAGGCACAAACAGAGAUCAGGUUAGUUUAGAGGAAUAAGUUGCUUUCAAGGGGUACUGUCAGUGGGUACAAUGUCCUUGAGUAAACAAUGUUCCCUGAAAUAUUUAAAAAAUUCACUCCCAUUCACUGUAGAGUGUCAGUGGCCAUUUCGCUGUACAAAGGUCCACGUAAAAAAAAUGAAUAAAGUCAAUUUCCUUCGGGGAUAAAUGAAGUAAUCUUGUUACCGGACCCACACCUGCUGUCCCUCAUUGGGUCUGUGUUCUGUAUUUUUAAAUAAGAGUGAUGGUACCUUGCUGGUAACUGGUAGAAAAAAAACCUUUGGUCUGCUGUUUUGAUCGAAAGAUACACAAAGUAAGGAUAUGUGGAUUAGGAUCGAUUUUCUCUUCCAUGCACAAGGCUCAAUUGUACUGAAACUGGCCGAAGCGAUCUGUGCACUCCAUGCUUUGAGUUGGAAGUUGAAAAACACAAAUACAUUGCUUGGAAGCCGGUAUUGAACAAAACCCAGAAGGACAAAGUAGGACUGAAAAAAGAUGAAACUUUAUUAUUGUACAUAAGUAUAGCAGGACAAUGAUCAAGGCAAGCCAUUCCACCUCUGAUCCUCCCAUGUAGGUAUCAACAGAGAUGGAAUGGAAGAAAGAAGGUGAUGAUGUGUAGCUUAGGAGCUGGCAGCCGGGAACUUUGCUGCAUGUACUUGCAAUACUGAGUGUGUGUAUGUUGAGGUAUGGCUGUGUUUUAACAAGCUGUGCAUAAUGUCUGCAACAAUGUAAUGUGGUGUGCAAUUACACACUUCGACACAGAUCUUAGGUCCUUUCAGAGUGCGGUGUGUAAGAAAUCUAGGCAUAGUGAUAAUGGCGGAAUUCCAGGCUCAAGGCUUGUUGCAGAAUUGCGGUGUGUGACCAGUUGUGUGUGAUCCUUUAGAAUGCUUGUUUAUGUCUGUAUGUGGUGGGGCACAACCAGCUACCAAGAGGCAGAAGACUGCAAUUGCCUCGUUACAUUUUUGGGUUCGCAUGCAGAGUGGUUCAGAGUCUGGAGCAGCUGUUCCUCUUACUUACUUGCCGGUUAUCAGGACUAUAUUACACUGACCACAAGUAGUAACAGAGAGCACAGUGUAAUAUACAGUGAAGCACUGCAAAUUUCAACUCCAAUCAAGCAGCACAACUAACUCUAGAUGCUAGAUAAGGAAGGGCUCAUACCAGUGAGGAAGCUGCAGUAGUACAGACAUGAGCUCUCAGGCACCUGAUUGCCAUUUGGUUGUCUUGGUAUGAGGUCCAGAGGGCACUAUCCAACUCUUGUCAACUGUUUUUUGCACUGAAGGUCUAAUGUUUUAAUGGAGCGCAUGCUUUGCCUGGUUUUGGGUUUAAUUUUGGCAUGCAAGUUCUACCCUUCUAUUCCUACAUCCAGAGAUAGGCAUUUACAUCAAUAAACAGCUUUACAACUAGGUUUAUAUGAGAAGGAGCACAAGAGCUCUGAUCUGGAACAGCUUAAACAGGCCUGACCGUGAACUUGAAAGGUUGCUGGAAUCAAAACAGUAGUAUCAAACUUCAAGUCUAGUAAGUCUGGAGGUGGGACGUCCAUGGCUCUGGCUUGGGCCUCCAGCACAUCUCACAGAUAAGACCUAGAUUGAGACCUAGAUUGUGAAUAUUGGUGCUAAGGCAACACCUUGAACAUGCUUUCAUGCUGCUUUGGGCUAUUGUCUUUCACUGCUCUGUAGUCCAGUUCCAAUAUUCAUGUACUGAUUGAAGGUACCCUUUGAAGUGCACAACCAUCAGCAAAGGCCCCUUGACUAGUCUCAACUGUGUCUUGUCAGUACUGGCUUGUUCUUUUGUAAGGUCAGGCAUAAUUUGAAUUUGAAUGAUUCUGAGCCCUUGUUUCGAUUCCGGUUCCAAACGAUUCUCUAUUCUGGUUCUUUAUAAUGCAGGUUGACCCUCCUGUAAACAAUUCAUUUGCCACCUCAGUGUUAGCAGAAGACAUACAUAAUUUAUUGUUUUACUUAUCUGAUACUGACUGAGUAGGACCAGCGCAGCACGUCAAAGUCAGGGCAAUCAGUUGUUUCUACUCCAUGAAUCUGAAGGUGUUUAAUCAUAUUGGUCAUGCAUCCUCCUUUGCACGAUAUAACUGUGUUGCUAAUGUUGCACUGAGAUAAGAGUUCAUUCUUCCUGCUAAAGUUAGCCGAACCUUUGACCGCAGCCGGUGUGGGUUGCAGUGCACUCUCUCUCUCUCUAUCUCUGUUCUCUCUCUGUGUGGCUUCGUCUCAUGUGCUUCGUCCUCGUUGGUGUUCAGCGGCUUCUUCGUUGGUGUUUAGCGGCAUCUUUCUUGUUGGUGUUUGGCGGCUAUUUCUUCCGGUUGAUGGACUUCGGCAUCGAAACUUGGAAUUGAAAUUUUAAAAUUUGAACGGUUCCGAGAGAAUUGGAAUGUUGGUCCCUGUCCUUAUUGAUGCUCGAGACUCGAUGCCCAACCCUAGUUACAAUGCACACACACACUCCCUGUGGCUUCUUCUUCGUUGGUGUUUGAUGGCUAUUUCUCCUGGUCGGCGGACACGGCUUUGAAACUUGGAAUUGUAUCUUAAAAAUUUUAACGGUUCAGGGAGAAUCAGAUUGUUAGUCCUGGUUCCCAUUGACACUCGAGACUCGAGAUGACCAACCCUAUCCUUUUUUGGAAAAAAUAGGAAGUAGAUUUACAGGAUGAAUUUGGAUUGCCAUCGUCAAAGCCGAGUCCACAUAGCUUUGGAGUGUUGUGUUGCCUUAACACUAUUAGGUAUACUUCAUGCAUUGGAAGGAUCCUGUGACCUAAUUCAGGUUAUCAAAUGUGCUGGCAGUGAGGAUAUAGUGAGGGUUUUGGUUGGCUGCUGUUAGAUUACAUGCUACAUCAGGGAAUGUUGCCACGAUGCCCAUGAGUAGCGUUUACUUAGCAGCUUGUGGGUACAGGACAAGUUGCAGCACUCAUGGUCCAAAGAUUCGCUCCAAGUCUAUUUUCAACAGAGCCUGCACCUAGCAUGCAUCAAGCGAAAAGCUCACACUAGACAGGAUGUCAAGUGCUUGAACAGUGCAUACAGUAAGAUGCAGUAAAAGUAAAAUCCUAAAUCACACUGCAUAUGCCUGACCACAGAACAGGUGGCAUGAAUGGGAAACACUUGUCGAUUUCUAUAAAAGUAACUUCAGUAGAAAAUUAAAUAAAACGUGUUCACAAGUAAUCUGUUUUACACGGUCUGUGCUUUCUGCUUAUAACACUGGACAUUUAGGGCCUUUACACACCGGGACCGACUGGAAAUUACGAAAUAUAUGGAGGCGAAUUUUGAUGCGCUUGACUAUACACAUCAAGCCCGAUGCAAUUUUGCGACUUUCCGGGGGGAAAAAAGACGCGUCCCGGGUGGAAGCGAGAAGGCUGAUAAAACACCAGACUGACUGUUUUCAGUUCUGAUUAGACACUAGUGUUGAGAUGGCUGUCUGUCAUGAUAGCAUGUACUGAGUCAGAGCCAGUACCAGAUAAGCACAUUAAACUAUAAUCCAUAAACGUAAGGUAACAACCGAGACCUAAUGGUGCUGUGACAGCAAGGUGAUUGAGUUUGAGACCAUGAAAAUACAUAUGGUAUGUUGUAUCUGAACAGGUUAGCUUACGAGCUAAAGUUACUUAGCACAGAUGAAAGUUUAAACAAAGACGUUUAGCAAACUGUUAAAGCACACAAACCAUCGUCAUAUGAGAAAUCCGACGCUAUGUCCUCCACAAGUUGUCCUUCAGGUCGUUAUUUUUGUAAUGUUUGUGUCUAUUAUCGAAAAGCACUCUGUUCUCCGACACGUAAACAAUCAGCCCGUCAGCUAUGUUGGAUAUACUGGUGAAUCAGACAUUGCAACAACAUGCAAUCUGAUUGGUCAGAAGUGGACACACAGUAUGCGAAAAUUUAGAAAAUUCGACCGUGAUCCGAAAAAAUACAUGGUGCAAUAUUGCAGGACGGGCAAACGUCGCUGAUGUGAACGCUUGUAUUGACAGGGAUUCGGGUUCGAAAAAAAUAUUGACGUCCGAAAUAAUCGCACAAAAAACAGUCCCGGUGUGAAGGGGCCUUUAGCCUUCAGAUGUCAUAUUUCAUUGGUAGUACUGAAUACAGCUCUGCUUCUACCACCCCAUAUUAACCGAUCUUAUUGCAUAUGCCGGUGGUUGUGGGACUUUUGUCACAUAUUUUUAUAAAAUAUUUUUGCGUUACCGAGAAUUUAAACACGGUGCCACUACUGCUAUGCUAUAUGUUAGCAUCGCAUUAGCUAUGGAAUGUUACUGCAGCGUUUUUUUAGUCUGGUUGGCUGUGAGUUCAUGCAAUAAAGGUUAAGCGGUAGCUAGAGCCUUUAGUGAUUCCCACCCUUAAUGGGCACAGGCCAAUAAAAAUAAUUGCUAUGGUCUGAUUGUUGCGAUUACGAUUUAGAUAUCCCUGGUCGAUACUGAAUCCCAUUCUUUGUCGUUAAUGUUACAGAUAAUUUUGAAAAUAUUAAAAUAAAACAGAAAUUUCCAACGUCAUCAUCAGCCAUCUGAAAUAAAAGGCUAGUACUGAUAAUCAACCAAAUGAACAAUACCGGCUCCAAUAUUAGGUCCACCCAUGAAGAUGAUGUAGUUACAUUUUGUCUCUAUAGCACAGACCUUGUGUGCGACGGAAUUUGUUGUAGCAGCACUUCCUCAAUGUUGUUCCCUCCUGUCUGUCUGCCUGUGUUGUACUCGCUCUCUGCCGCACGAUGCUUUAGACAAAAAUGCCUGCUCAGUGAAACAUAGUAAAUCACUCUGUCUUAGUUUUUAAUUAUACUUUGUGUAUCAAAUGAAAUAAUUUAUUUAAAUUCAUGUCAUUUAGGGAAACAUAGCCUAAAAAACAGAAAUGAAAAAAUAAAAUAAAAUAAAUACAAAGGAGUCAGCACGUACAUUAAGACAUAUCAUCAGCCUUAAGGGAACAAAGCAGCAGGGUACAGUAUUUUUGUUUAAGUUGAUGGUGGAUUGGUUAACAGUUAACCCUGCUCAUCUGCAGAGCUGGUAAAAAAGGAUACUGCUGUGACUGCGCACAGCAGCAGCAGCCAUUUUGUGCUGUAACAUUCUCCGCAAGCGAUCUGUCAAAGGGAAAUGAGUGGGGGAGGGGCAAGUGAAGAGUAAGCUAGGUUGUUAGUAAUCCAAAUAACUGAGUACAGGGUUAGCUGUUUGUUAUGUUGCUCUGAUUCUUCUUUCUAGACUUUGCUCUUGAUCGUUGCUCUUUGCCUAAAUCAGAGCGCAUGUUCAUGGCAGAAGAGAAAGAAGCAGUCCACAGCAUUAGACUUCUGUUCUUACUGGGAAACACUUUUGUAUUUAACUUAAAAGAAAUUAGCAUUUUUAUGCAUUAGCAAGAAAAAGAUCUUGCAACAGAGGCAUAAGUUGGAACAGCUAGAGGAGAGAGUGUGUCACAGCUUCAAAGCCACAGCUGAUGUAUCUUCAAUCUAUUAAAAUGAGACAAGAUUUCACCAAAACUGUUAACCUAUUUCACACAGGCUAAUCUCGAGUCAAACUUCCAGCUACAGAGCUCAACCUGGUAAGAGAGCUUUGAAUAUGUCAUUCACCCCUGUAGCUCCCUCACUUGUUAGUAAAACCCCCCUCUGCUGCUAUGGUUCAGUCCGUGCUCGGCUGUAAAACUCCAGACUGGGGCUGAUUGCUGGUGUGGGGGAUGGGUGUUGGCGCUUUCUGUGAGGCUUGGGACUUGAGCACUGACUGUGUGCUAGCUAGAGCUCAUUCGAUCUGACUAAAUCUGUAGUUACUACAAAGAUGGUCCAGAGGUUGUCAGCAUUGGAACAAAUAUAAGAGAGAGCAAACUGCAUGCAGAUAUUCCGGCUCUGCAGUUAACCUAAAGUGUCAUUAUGACCGAGUCUUAGAAGAGCCUCCUGUAAACUACAUGAAUGUUUUACCUGUUUUUUGAGUUCUUCUAGUGAGUAUUUAGCCUUUUUGUAGCCAUAACAUGAGCAUUUCUCAGGAACGCAUGGUUACAGCAAUAUUAACAUGUGCUUGCUUGAUUCACAUGAAAACUCCUGGUUUUGCCCACCCCCACCCCUCCCUAUUUUUCUUCCCUUUUUCCUUCUAUCCAGUGAUUGCUAGUCUCCUCUCGUUGAAAAGUACAGAGAAAAAAACUUGAACAGAUCACGCAUUCAGUGUUUAAGCAAUGGUCGGAUAAGAGGCAGUGCUGUAGGACAAGUGCUUGACAGUUUUAGUAUCUUGAAGCAAAAGCUGAUUUUUAUAUUAAAGUGUUAGCACCUCUGAUAUUUCCUCUACCAGCUCUGUCUAGAUGGCGUACAUCUACUUCAAACUCAGGAUUUCACUACAUCUCAGCUUGGCCUAAAGAUGUAUCUUGUUGAGCACUCCCAUUAAGAAAAUAGAAAAUCAGCCUGGUUUGAUGUGAACCGAAAAAAAACCAAACAUACAUGAGAGAAUAAGCUGUCGUGCGAACACCUCAGACGUGGCUUUUGGCUCCAUCUGGUUUCCUCCUUUCCUCAAAGCAGCAGACAUGUAACUCAUCAUUCAGGGGAAACAUGGUCAAAUCAGGUGGAUGAAGUGGUGCAGACUUGAUUGCUUACAAUUUCCUGAUGGCUGUGAAUGGGAUUGAUAUGAACGGCACUGUAGGCUAUCUUAAGUUACCAGCAUAUCAAAGUGAUUGAAAUUGAAAUUGAUUGCUGGCAGUUCAGACAGCCUCUAUUUUGCACAAAUGAGAUUCUUGCUGGCUUGGUUAGAAAGCAGGGUUAAAUCUCCAUUUAUGUUGAUAACUUGUUCGUAUUAUUUAAGGAUUGUGUCCACUUGAGUAGAUGUCACCGGUAAAGUGAUCCUCUGCUGCUACAGAACUGCAGCCUCAUGCUUAUUGCACUGUUGUUGAAUGCAUUCAUUUUCAGAGGGUCUAAAUUAGUCUCUUGGAUUCUGUUCACAGAAUUUCAUCAAAACACUUUCUGUACCUCAAUUCUGUCAAUGAUUAUGAGAGACCGGAGUUUCUCCAAUCACUGAUGAGAAACAGGGUGCCUCUUCUACAAGUCAACAACUUAACCUGUCCUUGGACCGUGAUCAGAAACUGAAGCCCUCAGAUGAAGUUGUCACAGAGAGACCUCAUAAACUUCACAGAGAAACGGUCAUUACAUCUUAGUCUAGUGGAGAGUUUUAAGUACCGUGCUCACCUGCUAUCACAACACGUCCUCACUUUGAGAUCAUCAUUCUUGGAUAUAGUGACCCCAACUGUCUGUCCUUGUAGCCUGGGACACAUUUUUUACGAAACAGUCGGAUAAAAUUCGGCAUAUACACUCAGAAUCCACAUACUAAGAGAAGUCCACUUGUUACCAGAUGACCAGAUCACCUAGGACUUCUGAUAGUUUGGGGUGUAAACAGGGUCUAGGAGUUGGUUAAUUAGAGGAGCUCCUCAUUUCUGACAGUGACACCUUUCUGAUCUCUGAUCUCUCUCAUAGAAAGAGUAGGAAGUGGAUCUGGAUCUCAGUUCAGUCCAACCUGCUAGAACUGUCAGGAGGCAUUGUUUACAGUAGCAAUAAAAAGAGGACAGUGAAGAACUACAAAGAGCUGUCUAAUAGCCCAGACAUCACUCAGAUGUGAUGGUGCAAAAAUCAAGUGAAACCUGGAUUGGUGUAAAAGCCACGUCGAGGAGCAAUUUUCAACAUUAAUGCUAAAUUCUUACAGGCUAGAUCAAGUCUUUCAGUCAGAUUCUUUAUAAAAAGAGUACACUUCUGGAUUAAAGUUAAUUACAUCUUUCUGCAUGAUUAGUAGUGUGCAUGCUAUAACAGGCUGUAAGGGCUCUGUGUGGCUGCGCACAGCGGACCAGGUGGCCAUUUUGAGUUGCAGUGGAUCCAGAUCCAGAUGCAGACAGUGAGUGUGGGGGAGGGGAGGACUGCGCUCCAUGCGCGGUAAUGUUGGAAUGCAGCCUUUGCUCUCACUGGCUAAAAUCCGUCUUAAGGUUGAGUUUGUAGUCUCCAUAGAAAAUGUAAAAAAAUUAACAUCCUCUUUUUGAUUUGGUUGUGUACAACUAAAGACCAGUAGUACCCUCUGUGUCUGACUGUCAGCUGGGUGUCAGGUUUCUUUAGCAUUUGGUCAAAGCACUAAAAGCAGCCUAAGAAGGGAAAGCAUUUUUAAUUACUUGGUUAUCUAAAAAUUUUUUACCUGAAAUAUCAUAAUGAGCAGUUAGUCUUCCAACUCUCAGGGUGAUCGAUCUGAUUUGCUCAGUGAACCCUGCAGUCACAGUGCUGAACAGCCACCACAAGGAGUGGGCUCUUCACAACAACAGGAACACUGAACUAGAAUUUAGCUGUGAACUGUGACUUCCUCUGCAGAUUCUACAUUUCUAUAAGCCAGUGAUACUGUAAACUUUGGUCACUUUCCCCCCAACUUUCAUGCGUACAGGGUAUGGAGAUUUCUGCAGUUAGACUGAUCGUUUUUUUUCUUUUUGGAGGCGGAGUCUGAGAGAAGAUCUGCUCAUGUCUGUGCUCUGCAUGCUGCUCGCAGCAGCGCUGGUGGCCAUUUUGUGUUUCUGCACUAGAAGAAAGGAGAGCAGUGCUAAGAACGCAAGACAUGGUGUUGUGUGCCCCCAUAACAGAGCUUUUUAUAGAGAUGGAUGAGGGUUACUUGGUGAGAAUUGACUGUUACUACAAAUAUCAUUUCCACUCUUGUUUUUCUCCAACAUAAAAUUUAUCAGUUAUAAAUCACACUUGGUUCAGUUGUUACUCUGAAUUAAAAAAAAAAAAACUUUGUGUUUGUGGAGAAUUCCAGAUACAAAGUUCAGAAAGGGAAAUAUUGAUGCUCAGGUGUGUUUUCUUUGUUCCUUGCGAGUGGAGAAACACCCCCAUGUCAUAAUGGUUUAGUCCGUGCAACAGCAGCUCUCCCUGCUGUGGGGGAGGGUGGGCAGAGAGAGCUGCUCACUGAGUAAUGCUGUGCUCUAUUUUUUUGCAGGUUGUAGCUAGCAAGGGACAGUGAGACUAAAAAAGCGGCAUUUUCUGCUUGACAAACAAGACUGAUCAAGCUGUUGUAAUUUAUAGUAAGAUCAUAUUCAAAGCCUUGAUACAUUAGAUAUGGUUAUUAAGAAUAUAUAUCUCUGUCUAACAAGUACAUUUUUUGCUUAUAUAAGCCUUUUUUUUAAGGAAAGACACUGGGGGAAAAAAUUACCUGCAAAAGCAAAGUGGCCAGGCUAAUUAUGAAAACUCCGAAAACUACUCUAAAACAAUUAAAAAACUAUCUUAGAGGACUCUGAUCAUUCAGUCUAAUUAAUUAAUCAAUCAGAUAUUAUAGAUACAUAGUGAGGUUUUUGUUUUCAAAGCCCCACCCCCACUCUCUUCCUCUUCAAAAAUGGUUUAGUCCAUGUUUGACCAAGACAGGCUGUUCCAGAGAGAGAGAGGGAGAUAUGGUGUGUGUGUGUGUGUGUGUGUGUGUGUGUGUGUGUGUGUGUGUGUGUGUGUGUGUGUGUGUGUGUGUGUGUGUGUGUGUGUGUGAGUGAGUGAGUGAGUGAGUGAGUGUGUGUAUGUGAGUGAGGGAGAGAAAGAGAGACAGAGUGAGAGAGAGUGAAAAUAGGGUGGGGGAGGGUGGGUGCUCCCGCCUCUUAACUGAGUGUGUUGUGGGAAUGCCAUCUGGCGCUGGUUGUGCGCUGCUAGCUAGGCCUUGACUAAAGUGCAUAUUGUUCUUUUUUAAAGACAGAUUGGCAAAUUUUUCUUUGAAUCUGUUUUGUUUUUCAUAGGUAAAAAAAUAAGAGGUGUUGGCCCUCUUUUUGUGAAGAAAAGUCUGUCAAAAAAAUCAUGUUUUUUGGUUGAUUGAGAAUGCCUUUACAUGGCCCCUCCCCCAAAGAUCCAGCUAAGCCAUGUGAUCAAGUAUUUCAGCUUUCAAUAUAAAGCCAUUGUUUCUUGUUUUUCAUGUCUACCAUUGCAUUUCAUAGUUAUCUUUGUAAAUCUGGCCUCUGUUGGCUGUUGUAGACUUUUCAUUCGACAUUUUUUCUAGUUGCAAACCGUCUUUUGCAUCUAAAAGUAAAAAAAAACUAUGUUUAAGUCUGUGUCUGUUGUUAAAUUGGGAGACACGAUGACGAUCCCUGUGGAGACUGUAAUGGGUGCUAAGAAAAGGACUAUGUGCUGUGGUGAUUUCUGAACUCGGAACAUCCAGCAAAAGUAAAAUUGUCAAUGCUACUGAACUGUCUCUGCUUUUUUGAACGAGGAAAGAUUUGCUGUGCUUGUGCUGACCUUUUUAUUGAAAGACAGCCCCAUCUCAAGUAAGAUAGUAUCCAGCAAAGAGAGACUCCUUGUGGUUCGUCUGUUUAGACACUGAAGCAGAUGGAUGUUUUUGAAGGCUCUCUCAAAUGUGUUUAAUCAGGGAUGGAUGGUUGAUGGAUCAGCUGUCAGUGAAGUCAUCACCGUGCAUAUCCUUUUUUAAAUUUUGCAGAAGAGCUGCUCAGUUAGCCUUCAUCACAAAAAGAGUGCUAAAAGGUGAGAUCAUAUUACACUCUCAGUCACAGUAACCUCCACAGCGCUCAGCGUUCAAAUCACUUUUGGCCGAGGCUCAGCUUAUUCUUAGCUGAACGGCAGCAUAUACUCGGUUGAUGGCAGUGAUAGCAUCAUCCUGUAUGUUUACAUUUGAGAUAAAAAAAAUGGUCAAAGGCUCGGCAAAGAGACAAGAAGGAGCAAUUGGAAUUAAACAGCUGAGUCAGACUUUUUCUCAUUUUGUUUCUAGAUGGACUAUAAAGAGAGUUUUCUGUUAAAGCACCAGAAUGAGUUUUCAGCUGAUUAUAGAUUGAAACAUCGCUUUUUAUUCUAAGUCAGUAGGUGCUUUCCUCUAUUUAAACAAACAGAAAAAUGAAAGUAAAGCGCUGCACACUGGAAACAUUUCAUCUCAGAAGUCCUUGACAAUUUAUUUAUCAUCUGGCUUUUUUUUGCUUUUAGUAUUUUCAUAAAACAGAUCCCCCCCUAACUUUUUUCGGAAUGGUUUAGUCCGUGCUUGCUGUAGCUUUCCAUAAUGAGGACUACUUGUGCUAGAGUUGGGGGAUGGGUGUUGCUAUGCAACAGUCUGUGCAGUCUUAUUUCCUCUGCCUGUGCGCUGCUAGCUUGGGUGGAUAUUGAUGAUCACCACGCUACACGAGUAGUUUAUGACUCUUCAAAUGAUAUGUGUGCACCUUUGGUCUAAAUAUACCCUGCAGUUGGUAGAUGUCUGAAAGAAAAACAAUCACCCAAAUUUUUUUCUUUUCAUGUUUUACAUGUUUUCACACUGUUGUAUUAAGCAUUUUUUAUCAAGGGUUCAGUAAAUAUGUAGUAGGCAUGUGUAGGCCACAUGCCCUUUAGACUACCUCCUCCCAGUAGGAGCGAGAUGGACUAGUCCUACUAGUCCCUCCUCCUUUCUUUUAUGUUCUCUGCUGGCCUGUAAGCCGUUCCCUGCUCCCACAAUCAACAAAUACAUGGAAGGCCUCAAUCCCACACGUCCUGCUGAAGGUGGACAUUUCUUUUCUUUUCACGCAUGUGUUAACAUUUUUCACUCUCAUUUCAAUCUAAUUCAGUUUUUUGGUCAUUGCAGCCUCAAACUCAUUUCGAGCUCUUGACACUUGAACAGAGGAAGAGAUUUAGCUGCCUUUUCUCUUGAACUAGAGAAAUUUGUUGAAGAUGCUUUUUCAGAGGGUGUGUAGUCAGAUUGCGGUAUGUUAGCUGAUCACCAACACUUAGGGGUAGUGCUGGGCGAUAUGGAAAAAAAUGUAUAUCACGAUAUGGAUCAUUUUAUAUCACGAUAACGAUAUAUAUCACGAUAUAGCUAUGGUAUGCUUUCAGUUCUAUGAAAAAUUUAAGUGUAUACAGCUGCACUAGUACAGUACCAGUACAAGACCAGCACUUAAAACUAGAAAAAUGAAUAAACAAAUACGUGGCUGAAGUGCGUUCAUGUCUGUGCUCACCCAAAGUUAUGUAACACUUACAGAAAACGCUGAUAGUGUGAGCCGAAGCACUCCAUAAUAAUAAUAAUAAUAAUAAUAAUAAAUUUAAUUUGUAAUGCACUUUACAUUUACAAAGAAAUCUCAAAGUGCUACAGUACACAGUAAAAAAAGAGCAGCAACAAUAAAAAAAAGCAAUAGAAUGACAGUCACAGAUUAGCAUAAAAAAGAAUUAAAAAAAAAUAAAAUAUAUAGAGUUGCAAUGUAAGAGGCAAGGUAGUAAAAGCAUAAAGCAUAGAGGAAAACUAACCAAAGGCUUUAUUAAAAAGGUAGGUCUUUAGGGCUCUUUUGAAGAGGUUGUUCACACUGCUAGAUGUUUCUCCUCCAAAGCUGCUCUCUGCCUCCAUCAUUGUUUACUUUACUCUUGAAGCACGUAGCAAGACCCGAGCAUGAAUCCGAGCGCUUUAUUCGCCUAUCAGGGGCAGACAGGUAAGGUGAUUUGAUUCGCCACGACUCCAGAAAUGAUUGAAAAACUACAGAAUGUCACAAAAUUACGUUUCCUCGCUGCUGGCUUGAAGGGUACAAAUGCGCAGCCGCGCUCCCAGCUGACAGGAAGUCAAACCGCUGUUGUAGUUCUUUUGUGUUGCUAGCGCGGUCAAGAGUGUUUACUCUCACUGAGAGAUGACUACAAAAAUGGACGCACCUGUUCAUCUGGUUGUUAAACACGGCUGAAAAAGAUCAUCUUUUCAUGUUGUUCCCGCUCCUGCCCACUCCCGUUGCUUUUUUUCCCGUCCCGUCCCGAUCAAGAGAUUAAUAAAAAAAAUGACUCCCAUCCCGCGGGAAUCACGUGACCCACGGGAAUUCCCGAAAAAAGUCAUCCUCCACAGGGAAGGUCCCGGAGCAGAUGAAACAGGUGCCGGAGCGGCUGAAAUAGGUCCCAGAUCCGAUCAAAAGAGGUCCCGGAUCGCGCUCUGACUUGCUCCGGCACAAAUUAAGCACUGCUUACAAUGAUCCCCUCACGUGUGUAACCCAGGUAACCCGCAACGGCGGGAGGCGCUGGACAUAAAGAGGGCACGUAAAGCGGCGUCAUGUCGCAAAAUCGAAAGAGAAAUGCGAGCCUACAUGUCAACGCAUCCUUUUCUUUGUAAGAAAAUAUUGUUUUCUUUCCCGUUCGACACCAAAUACACUUACUGAAUGUGCAAUUAUUGUUGUUGUUACUAUGAAUCAUCUGAUGGCACAAGCUCUAUGGAUUAAAUACAACCUAUCGCCCGAAACGAUAAGAAUAAAAAUGGCACGAUAGACAUUUUCUAUCGUGCCAACGAUAUAUAUCGUCCAAUCGCCCAGCACUACUUAGGGGUAUAACCAGGAGUAGGCAUGUCAGUUAAACACACUUGAUCCUUGGUUACACUCAUCUUUUGGCUCAGUAGCAGAAGUUGUAAACUUGGUUCUUGUUCCUUCUCUGAAAUGUUGCUGCAUUUCAAAGAUCGAAAGAUUGUAUUCAGAUGAAUGUGCAACUGCUACUUUCUUCUGUCAGAUGUUGUGGCGAGUCAGUUUAUGCAGUGUCCAUGAGAUAAUGUUUAUGGUGUUGUGAUCAAGGUCUUUGAACAGGAGUCCGGAUCCUCUUAAUGUCCCCAACAGGACUGUUUGUAGAGGGAUUUGUGCAGGUUUAAAAAACAAACAAAAAAAGAUAUGGCCUCAUGUGGCAUACUUAUGAAAUAGACUGUUUGUGGUUUUGUUUGAGUUCAAUGUGGCGCUUCUCCCUUCAGUCGCCCACAGGGUCAACUGUAAGUGACCCUGUGGGACUAAAAUAUUGAGUGCUGGUGCAGCAAGAGUGAAACAGAUAGGAGUUGAAGCAAAAGUUUGGACAAGUUCUUGAGAGCCAUACGUCAAAUCCAAAUCCCCUGAAACAUUCUUGUCUGUACCAGCUCUCAGACAUGUAUCGACAUCUAUCAAAGGUGGAAUAGAUGUUACUUCUUGUUUUACAUAUGAAACACAGAGGUGCUGCUCUUGCUCUUCCUAAGUUUUUAUUGUCUUCUGUCUUUUGAUGUGCCUCUGAACUGUUGCAGGAACAAAACUCUAACUUUCCUGUCCAAACAGACUUGAACUUGACUCCUGCUGACCUUGCUUGUUGUCCUGCUGGCCUCUCAUUUGGUGAGAGAGAGUCGCUUGUCUGGUUGUGCAAAGCCAUAAAGUCAUGGUCAGCCGCUGAGCAACAUGUCAUCAGUGUUAGAUUGUGCUGUCAACAAUAUUAAGAGGAAAAAAAAAGACUUUCAAGCUUUGAGAUGAAACAGCUGAAACUUCUCUGUGGUUAAUCUUUCUGGUACCUCCAGCUUGCAUGACGGCUUAUGUGAGACCGUGUAAGAUCUCUAAUGUGUAGCUACUCUUCUUUCACCUGGUUAACCCCAGAUUAUCCAAACUAGAAAUACUGAUUUAAUAAGCAGUCAUUCGUGAGGUUUAUGUAAAGGAUGUGGAUUGAAGCUUUUUCAUUAUCGCCUUUUAAAAAAUGCACCAAAGUACUCAUUUAACACCCCACCCAAUCUUUGCGUGCUUCUCUAACACAAGGAGAGAUUGAACGAGUCAGGCUCAGCAGAGGACUUAUGUGCUGCAACUGCAGGUAGACCUAAAUACAGGGAUGGUUUGAACAACUUUCACCAGCCCGAAAAAUAUAUUUUUGUACUUUUCAUGGUGUUUUGUUGUCUAACAAGAAAACACAACAUUUAAAAAUCUUUGUUUUUGAACUGAGCAGAGGAUAAGCUGACGCCUGCAGUCGAGGAGAUGAUUGUGUAUGAUAAUCUAAAAAUGAGUGUUUUUAUCACGUUAUUCUUGGCUUUACUUUUUUUUUUCAUUAUUUAGCUAUUUUUAAAAAUUUUUACAUUUAGUUCACUAAUUCAACUUGCCCCAGGCUGAUAAAUGAAGAACCUAGUGGCAGGAUGUUGCUGCAACCUGAUCCAUUUGUUAGAGGAUCCUGUUCAGCUAGCUACUGAGAGCUCAGAGUAGCAGCCCACAGCAGAGCUAUCAGCCAUUUUGAGUUCUGCACAGAAUCCAGGCGCAGUAAAUGAGGCCGUAGGAUGGGGGAGGGGACGGGCCCAGCGUGCGCAGUGGCAAUAACAUUGGAAUGUAAAACGGACCAGUGAUCGUGUUUGUGAUCCACAUAGCUCUUGAUUUAUGCUGAUUUUUUAUUUUGGUAUCUAAUAUAUCUGAUCUUUCUUAUCUUUCUUAUGCUCCUCUAAAUCUUGAUUUUAAAUCUGUCAGCAGAAAAGUGGGAGUUUUCAAGGAGACACGGUUGCUGAUAUGAAAACAGCAGUUGUGCUUAUGCGCCACCACUUUGUGUCCUGCUUUCACACAUGCGACACCCUUUCUUAGCAAAAUAUAACUGGCUAAAUAAAGCAAGCCUCUGUCAGCCGCAGUCCCGCAGAUAUAUACACUGCACCAUCAGGAAACAUUAACAAGAUUUCAGAAAGAAAAACUGAAGCAGUGGAUUGCUUUUCACCAGAUAAGAUUUUAUAGAUUAUGUGAAAGACAGGCUGUCGUCCCUGCACUGAAACCGAUAAAAAUAGCUUGUUAUAUAUGAAGAUUUCUAUCAUUUAUAGUGAAACAUUUAAUAGUGUUUAAUGUAUCACACAGACCUCAGACAAGCAGUCUACAUUGCUGAAAACUGUGUGUGUGUGUAGCUAUGGAUUGUCAAGUGAGUUUGUACAAAGCCUGUCUUCUUCUGUUUGACACUCCUGCUUCCACAUCUCAGUUUGGACCUUUUUUUCUUGUCAUCACUUUUGUGUGCACUUUGGUUAGCAUACCACAACUGUUUUUGAAUUCUCUAGAUUGGCAUGGUUUAGCUGUUGAUAGCUUUUUUUUGGGUUGAUUGACGGCUGUAACUGGAAUGGCUGAAAACGGCAUCAUUUGCUGAAAAUUGAAUUAAAAGAAGAGAAUAAUGCCCAAGAAAGCAAAAGAUUACAAGCUGUUAGAUUUACUAUAUAGUCAUCAACAUAACUUCAUUAUAGUUUAAAUAAAUAAGCGGUGACCCUUAAAAAUAACAAUUUCCUUUUGAAGGCAAGGGCUCAGUUAUAGCUCGGGGGGUAGAGAUAGAGUGCUUCAUUAGGAUGAGCUAAAUUUAUGGUCACACUUUGAUUUGCUGGGUGUGAUGGUUUCACACACUGCCGAUGUUGUGUCGAGCUGUAACAUACAGUAUUUAGUGCUCACUCAUCUGAAAAAAAUGUCUUUUUUUUCCACAGGUCGUGGGAGAAUUCUGGGGGUAAAUCUAUGACCAGGAACCUUUCGGCCUGAAGGUGAGUUAUUAAUAGAUGAUUUAUCACGUGUAGGAACUGCGUAGUACUUCGCAUCAGUGUCCAUAUUUGUUUGCUAAUAAAAUGCCUCAUGGGAAUUUGACUGCAGCAAAGCACAGUUUCCUGCUUCACACAGCUUUAAUUCUUCAUAUUUUUUACUUCCAUUAAAAGUAGCUCAGACAUCACAGACACAUGUGACUCUAAAGAAGAGAACUAGCAUUAACAUUGCUGUUUUUGCAACAUCAGUUGAAUGUACGGACUAUCUUUCCUGUUUUGCAUGGCCUCUUUACUGCUGCCAACACAGCCUCAUUCUGGCCGUUCUGAUUCGCUGAGUGUUGAACCAAUAGGAAUGUGGGGGGAUGGGAGGAAGGCUGGGUAGCUGCUGUUGUUAACUUCACAUUCCUUCUGUUCUCUGGAUCGGGCUUAGGUAAACAUGAGAUCUAUGAUUAAUCAUGGAAUCAAAGAAAACUGAAUUUGUCCUAGCAGUUCAGGCUUUUCUGACAGACAUGAAAGAUAGCUUUUUAGCUUACUGAGCAGUAUCUGCACAGCUGUCUCUGAUGGAUCAGUUAGAGCAAUGUGUGAUCAGGGAAUCAGAAUCUGUUAGUUAGCUUUAUUUACUCAAAAAUAAUAUUGUUAAGAUUUAGGCUGUUGAAAACUGUCAGGUUUGCAAAUCCCUGUAAAAGAACCUUCUAGAAAAGAACAAAGAAGGCCACAGGGCUCUACAGUGACCUCCAGUGGUUUUUCCGAAACUCUGCAGCCACUGUUUAAUGCGAUAAGUCAAGGACAGGUUCAUAAGCUGAAGAGAACAGGCAGUUAACCCUUGCCGUUGUCACUGUGGUUUUAUAUGCAUUUUUGACGCAUCUAAUUCUCCCGUGUCACUCCACAGGCAGCUAUGGAAGUUGUUGUGACAGAGGAAAAGAAGAAGAUUUUCCGGGCCAGGAAAACCAUGAAGAUCAGUGAUCGCCAGCAGCUAGAGAGUCUUCACAACACUUUGUUAACAGCAGCUCCUGGUUUGUCUGAGGGAUCCUCGCCACCUCUGAUGAACGGCACGCACAAGGAGGAUGGACCAAAAGAAGAGGACAGAGAUCAAAACAACGUGAACUCGCCCGAUGCAGCGUCGCCUGCUUCUCCCGCCUCUUCGGCUCCUCUCCUGUCCUUGAAUCUGUCCCCUUCACCUGUCCCUUCACAAGGUUCUUCACCCAAGGAGGACGCUCCUCACUCUCCUAAUUCGCCAUUCCACUCUCUGAACUUUGAACUGAAAAAGAUGGAGGAAGAGGGGGAGGACAAGAAAGUUUCUUCAGCCUCCUCUUCAAAGGAGUCGGCAUCAAAAGAGUCCAAGGGAAACCAGGAAACGGACAAUGGUGAUGUCCCAGAAGAGGAAAAGAAAAAGGUAGAGCUGAGAAAUGUUAUAUAACUGUUUUCACAAUGCAGUGUCUUGACUAUAAACGGCUUCUCUUCAGUCUGUAAAAGUUUCGGUGCCCAAAGCCAUUUAGUUAAUCGUUGGUUCACUAUGCUCUCUUUCAGGAGGAACGAAAAGCAGCAGGAGACCCAUCUAAAGAUUCUGCGAAAGAUUCUGUCAAAGGUUUGGAUUCAAGUUCGUCUGAGCCACCUCAAGUGUCCAGUGGUACACAACCAAUGGAUACAGAUAAUGACACUACAAAGACCAAUGACCCUCAGACCUCUAAAACAAAAGGGGAGAGGCCUUCCUCCACCAUACCUUCCACUUAUGACUCCUCUCCUCCUUGUCCCUCAUCUCCCCCAGCUUCCUCCUCUUCCGGGGACGUAAAACAAGAAAAGGACAUCAAAUGUGAGAAAAAGGAAAAGGAGGACAAUAAAGAAGACAAGAAGAAAGCGUUGACGACUGCAGAAAAGAUGGAGGUGGACUCAGUGAAAGUAGAGCCAAAGAAAGAAAAAACGGAAGUUAGACAAACCACAAAACUAACCCGGCCCUCGUCGACUCCGCCCUCUAAUACAGGUAUGACAGCGUCCAGUUGAUAACUUCACUGAAAGCGGUCCAAUGAAAUCUAGAAGAAUGACGUGAAAGUGGAAAUGAAAGACGUAUCAUUGAACAUUUUUACAGUUAGCGUGGGCUAAUUUGUGAUAACGGGAUUGGGACAACUGUUAAAUCCUCACAUCCUAGUAAUCAUUCUCAGUCUUAAAUCCAAGGUCCCAGGCUAAAAGAAGAUGUGACUUAAUGAAGUUUUACCCUAUUAUGAAAAAACCUGGAAAGCAUUAGUCUGUUUUCAGGGGUAAAGUUGUGUACUACCUGUCAGGUUAAUCAUUUCUGAUGGUGCUUUUGGAAAACACAGCAGCAUUUGUAAUGUCAGAACUCUUACAACCUCAAAAGGAAGUCUGCAAAGUAAAACUGUCACUUCCUUAAAAAUUAGAUAAUUUCAACACUCUUCUUCUCUUGGAUGAAUUUUAAUUAUUUUCUGAUUAGUUUCUGAUAGAGGUCCAGUUCGUAUCUGAUGCAGAUUUGGUUGGAGCUUCAUUUGUUUCCUGUGAAUAAUACCUGUGAAGACAUGCACACAAACGAUUAAGGCCAAUGAAAGGCUUACAUGGGGUGACAAGCAGGAAUUUGUUUAUUCAAUCUCAAGCAGCACAAGAGGAGAAGGGCUCCACAUCAGGACUGAAGCGCACUUUAUCAGAGGGUUUCGAAAAUGGCGAUCAAACGUUCAAAAGAGAGGGGAAGAGGCUAAAGGUGGAGCGUGGCGAGUUGGAGGCACAACUGGAACUGAAAAUCACUGCAAAAGCUGGCGGUCACCACAAACUAGAAAGGGUUUGUAUGUUAACUCUGUCUUUCAACAAACAUCCAAACCAGCAAAACUGCUCUGAAUUUUCUACAAAACUGAUUGUUUUCUCGCUUCUUAUCCCUUUUUUUUCUCAGAUUGUGCAACAGCUGGUGGAUGAACGGUUGAGGGUGUUGGAGCUGACCAUUUUUGAGAGACAUUUCACAGAGCUCAAGGACAGGGUAGACAAAAUCGACUGUGCCACUAAACACCAAACCGCCAUUAACACACUCCAAGUGAGUUAACUGUGAUUGUUGAAAUGUCAAGUACAGCUGUCUGUAACCACACCAAAUCUGGUAUUGAAAGGCACAGCUCUGAAAGCUGCUUUCUAACAUUUUUUUUAGGCCAAGAUAGCGCGAUUGGCGAAGAAAUUUGGAGAGGCCAAUCAAGCAUCAGAGAACAAAAGGAAAAAUGAGGCAAGGACAGUUUUUCAUUCUGAUGUGUGCAGUUGCGACUGGUUUUUAAGGUUUUUUCUUUGUGUAAAUUAACAGCACAGCAUCUUUCUUUCAUAGGCCCUGGCUGCUGCUGCUGCUGCUGCUGCUGCCGCCGCUGCUAAUGCUGCCAAGACUGUUACUGCUGCACCAGGCACUCAAGCUCAACGGUAAGUGUACCAUGAAUUUAGCAGUGAGGUUUACAGAUCACCUCCCUGAAAGUUACAUGUUUACGAAACUAUUUGAUUCUGUGAUCAAAUAGAUCAACUAUUUAGAUAUUAGGAAUUCACAGAUUUACUGUAUCAAAACAACUUGCACUGUAGCAUUUUAUAUGAAAAUGAUCUGGACUUUGUGUGAACGUGACAAUACUGGACUGUAACCAGAGCGACACACAGAGCCGUCCGUUGCCUUGCCAUUGUCCCAGAGUGCUUUCUGUAAUCACAGACGGAAUCUAGACUCAACAAUUUUCGAGUAAAAUAGUCCUACGGGUCAAAUCAAACAGAUUUCGUGGCCUUUGUCGGUCUGCCAAGGUUGCCUUUCUUUGUACUCUUUAACUCCAGAGAUCUAUCUAAACCGGUUUGGAAUGAACAAACACAUGCCAGUCUAUAGUUUGGGUACUCGCGCCCCAAAUAACCCCAACUGGGUCCAGGUCCUGAGUCUUGUGACGUUCUACAAUGUGAAGUCUGCGCAUUCCCUCGGGCAGUGCAGAGUGUAGUUAAACUGCACCUCUCUUCCCAACAGCGAGCUGUGCCAGCAGACAAUAGAGCUGCAGCCUAAGGUGCCCAAAGGGGAAGUGGUGCCCCCUGUUGGUGAAGCCUGUGCGCUGUCUAUCGAGAGGAAGAAAGAAGCAGAGAAGAUGGAGGAGGAAGAGGACAUGCCACCUCACAUUGCCUUUGCAAAUAAGCUGGAAGAGUACCAUGAGGGGAAAUGCAGAGCAGACAUAAAACUUAGAGUAAUCUCGUCCAACUUGGAGAAUGUGCUCUACCGAAGCUGCAGGAAAAGCUCGGGGUUUCCGCGGUCCGACCGCUUUGCUUCUUACAUUUUUCGCUACUUAGUCCCAUAUGACAUCUACUGUCAGUGGGUGGGAAAGGUCAAUUAUAAUGGGAUGUUUGGCAAGGGGGCUCUGCCAAAAAACUUGAGAAGGACAAUCCGGAUGCACAUGGAGCGCCGAUUUCCUUCACUUACUUGUGAUGCCUGGAGAGGGAUCCGAGGUUCUAUCAAUCGAAUACUGCGGAUCAAGAGAGGACCAGAAUUUUUCAGAGAAUACGACGCAAGAACUAUGUUAAUUUGAGUCUUUAUUACAGAAGCAAACUGGGACAGCUGCAAGUAUUUAGUUAUUGAAAGUUGAAAGUUGUCAUUUUUUUCUCUAAAUACUCUGGGACUUAAUCCCAUCAGCGUUCAUAAUCUCUUUUGUUCAUAUUAAAAGGAGCGUGAAGUUGCGGACACUUGUACAAAGUAGGCUGUGGAGUUGGCCCCAAACUUGACAACAUUGAGUUAUUUUUUUUUAAAUGCUUGUCAAAAAAUCUGUAAUUUACUUCAAUUAGAAGAUGUCAUCUCACCACCAGUUGUUAGUGAUGACUGUAUAAAAUGAAAUGGAAUAAAGUAAACUGCCAGCUAACCUCUUUGACUCAGCUGCCUGCUGUGAACAUGAACAGCUCUAAGUAUAAGCAAUCUUUUCAAACAGGCCAGUUCGGACGACUAUGGAGGUGAAGCAGGUUGCAACUGUUUCUUCGUCCAGCACCUCUGGUGAGUAGCAGCAAGAAUUUUUUUUUUUCAAUGUUGUUUUGAUUUCUGUGCACACCAUUGAACCAUUACAAGAACAUUCAGCGGUGUCACUUUAAAACAUCAGAGCUUUAAGUCCAAGCGCUGUACCUUUUAAAUACAGCUCUCAAACUUUCUUCUUGUGUUAGUUCUUUCUGUUCCACAAGUGCAAUCACGCUUAGAAGCAUUGCCUUUAUGGUUAAACAUAGUGGAGCAUGUUUCCCCAUAUCAAUCAAUAUUUCAGGCAAAUCCUUUCAUAGUAUAUGUAUAAUAGAAAAAUUAAGACUCAAAGUUUCUUGCUUGUUUACAAAAUCAUGUGAUUGGUUUGAACUGAGUGAUAAUACAUGCCUUUGGUGUUUGGCAUAUUAGGUAAGGUUUAACACUGGAACUGCCAAAACUGUCUGACAGACCAUUUGGGGUUUUUAUUGAACGAUAACUGUUAUUAGAGAAAAGGAAAUAAAAGUGUCACAACUUGCUAGCUUCCCUGCGUUUGCUUGUAGUGUGCAGUUUUAAGUCAGUAGGGUUCUGAAACCGAAUUUUACUUCCGACCGGCAUCGCAGUCAUAUUGAUGGCAACUGAAAAAUGACAUACUCCGCUGGCGCGUUUCCUUCAACCAUAGUCCAAUUAUGCCUUUGCACAUAUUCUAUAUUUAUGCUUGGGAAUAUCAAAGAGAGGCGGAAAGAGGGAUACAGACAGACACAUCAAGAAGACAAACAAUGAUGAGAUGAUCACAAAAAGAUCCUCAGAAGACGCUCUGGCGAAGAUCCAGGAGAUGAGUGUGGGGGAGUCUGAUGGAGGAGAAAUUUUCAGCAAAAGUGAAGUGGACUGGAUUCAAGAAGAUGAGAGUUCAGACUCUGAGCUCGAACCCACACGACCAGAACUUAAUAAAAAGGCUGUACCAGAUUCCCCAUCAGCUGCCGUUUCCACUCCAGGUAGGGAUUAUCAUUCAUACUGUUGUUUUUUUUUUUCAUCUUAUAAACGGUUUUGUUUAGAAUAAAGCAUUGAUGAGACUUAAGAAGGCUUCAGUACAGAGAAGCCCUUUGACAAACUGAAUGGCUACAAACUGCCACAUCUUGUUAAUUCAAAUAGUAAAGGCUGUGAACAGCCACAUUGGCACUUGCGUCAUUUUUCGGGUAGAACUAUAAUCCAACUAGAAAGCAGUUUAUGUGAAUUUUUUUAAUGUGAAAUGCAAACAAUUGAGAAUAAGCAAGGAUGUAACUUCUUUGCUGAGAAUAUACAUAAUUUCUCAACAGUGAACAGACCAGAUGACAAGACUGUGGCAGGACUACCUGAAGGGUAGAAAUAUUGCUUAGUUUUUUUAGAAAUAGAACUUAGUUUUUUUCUUUUGUAUGAUUUUGAAAGUCUUGAAGUCUCUUACAAGGAAUUAUUUUGUGAUUUGUAGAUCUUUGUCAGUGUGAGUGGGGGAUAUGGUACUAUCUGGAAAGCCAUCAGGUUAAGAGUACAGUCAAGGAGUCAGCAGUGCUUAUAUACCCUCAAUGAACCAGUGGGACCAACAGUUUUUGCCAAAGAAAACACUUAAGACGCUUUGAAUGCUUUCUUGUGCUUGCUGGACAAGAAGAUACUGCAACACGUACGAAUCUGCACUGUGGCCAAGGCACACCAAGUUGGCGAGGACAGUUCAUGGAAUCUCUCUGUUGCUGAGCAGAAGGCCUUUAUUGCCCUGGUCUAUGUGAGAGGAGCCUACAAGAAAAACAGAGAGUUGGAGAGUUUCUGGUCCAAGGAAUGGGAACUGGCUUUCUUCAGAGGCACAAUGCCGAGAAACCGCUUCAGGGAGAUCAUGAGCUACUUGCGCUUUGACAAGGAGCAUGACAGGCACAUCCAUCUGUGCAAGGACAAGUUUCCGUUGAUGUGGGUAAUGUUGUUGUGAACAACAACAUUACCUGAGCAGCUGUUUCCUACAAAAGUACACUGCCACUUGAAGCAGUACAUGGUGAACAAGCCUGAAAAAUUUGGUAUCAAGUUCUGGUUAGCUGUAGAUGUAAAGACCACCAUAUUUUUUGAACGGCUUCCCAUAUCUUGGCAAAGAUGACAAGCAACAAGCUCAUCAAUGUCUGAGAGAGUGUGGCGAUGAUGUUUGAACCGUAUGUGGGAAAGGAAAAGAAUGUCAUCAUGGACAAACGUUUCACAUCCCUCAACCUGGCCAAGGAUCUACUACAUAAAAACACCAGUCUUCUUGGUACAAUUAACACGACCAGACAGGAGCUUCCACCUUCCAACCAGCAGCAGAAAGGAGAGCUGUUCUCCACCAUUCAUAUACACCCCUGAUCUCAUUCAAUGUCUUACGGUGAAACGCGCAGGAUCUCCUUUGAUCUCAUCAAGUCUUGCACGAAUUGUCGGUAAUAUAUCGGUAAGCGCUUCUCCUCCGCUAUCGGGAGCGGAUUGGAUCCGGUGGGCACUGCAUGCUUGCGUUUUUGAUCUGCCUGCCGUUUUGGAGCGGAGUGUAGUGGAUCUACAUGAUGGAAUCCUGUCUUAAGAGUCAAACACUUUUGCCUAAAGUGCGUGUGGAAGUGCUGAUCCUGCCUUUUUGUUUGCACAUGAUGUUUCGCAGUUAUUCUAGAAGUUCUGGUUUUUUGACAAGCUGGAAUUAGUUAUAUCAACAAUCUUGUGCCACUUCUUUAUUCACCUAUGUAUGUGCAAGUUUGAGUGGGUUUGUAGGCUAUGUGUGCUUGUGAACGAGCAUUUACGAAUAAAACAUUUCCUUAUUUUGGUGUGACAUCUCUUUUAUUCUUCAGUUUUUAUUAAACCCGUAACACAAUACUGAUAGUCAAAGUGUUAUACAUCACUAUACAAAAUACCUUGUUAAUCAAAAUCUGCUAUUGGUGUAUAUUUGAACCCAAACAAUAAAAAUUCACAUGAUGGUCUGGCAGACUUUAAAAGGGGUUGAAAUCUUGGUGCUCUGAGUGUUAAAAUAGCAUAAAUCUGGGUCGCAAACACCAGAUGAGGAAAAUCAGGAGUUGUGUUUCUGGGUUACUACAGUCUUAUGCUGACUGAUGUAUGUUAGCUGUACAUCAAAGAAGGAGAAACUUAUUCACUGAAAGCUGACAAACAUCCUUUCGAAUUCUAAAACAAACUAUCUUUUCUGUUUCCCUUGCAAAACCAGUCACCCAGGCUCAACCAGUUCUUGCCACAGCUUCAGUCCAAACACCCACCUCUACAGCUAUGGUUACACAAGCCCCCAUCCUUCAGCUGAUCACCUCCAGCGCCAACGCUGGCUCCACCUUGGGUGCUGGCAUAACCACUCAGAGUACCGCAGGCACCUUGUUGCUGAAAACAGCUGCAGGAAGCAACAUGAUGACUACAGGCCAGCCACUCCUCAUCCAGUUGCCUUUAUCAAUGACCAACGGCCAGGCAGGAACGCUGGUCAACAUCCCCGUCUCCUCCCUGUCUGCAGCUAGCUCUCUUACCAAGGCCAAAACCACUGCCUCCACCGCCACUUUUAUAAUCAAGCCUGCUUCAGCUAUCACCACGGCACCAGCAUCCGUCCCUGCAGCUGCCACUGUCCCAGCGCUUCAGGCCUCUGCUGGUCAGAUGUCGUCCACCCAAAUCUCUCUCGCUCGUGCCGUCUACCAGGGAGGUGCUGGGGGGAUAACGACACCCAACGCAGGAGUUUCUGUGACAACAGCCAGGACACCAGCUCAGUCUGUCUCUGUAGCAGGAGCAGUUUCUUCAGCCUCUUCACCUGCAACCUCUGGUCCAGCAGCAACAGGCUCAACUGCUCCAGGACCGCCACAAGGAACAUCACUGACGUCCAAGACAGGUAGAGUGUGCUUUGAUAUUAAGACCAUGGCAUUAGAACUAUCUGGAUAAUUAUGGGUCGUUCUGGAAAUGUCACCAUAUUUCUAAAAUGUCAAUUUUUUUUAUGAUGUCAUGCUUGUAAGGAGCUGAAAUGUUGGACUUGAAAGGAGAAUGUCAUUGUUGUGCUUUAGGUUUUAAUUUUGACUAUCUUUACAUCACAUAGUUAAAUUGAGGUUAUCAGCAAUGAAAAGAUGCUGGACAGUAAACAUCAGGGACAUCAGGCCAUUUUUCCAAGAAAACAAAACAAAGGUUUAAAAGGUUAGCAGGGUCAGGCCUUGUUAGUACUUACAUGGGAGGCUGCCUUUGAGUACAAGGCACUGUAGGUCUUUUAGUUUUCUUUGUGGAUGCGAGAGGAGCUGCUGCUGCUUCUGCUGCUGUGGAGGGUUGUCUUUGUUCAACUGAAGUUCUUUUUCAAACAUAGUGAAAAUAAUUAUGUGUCAAGUGUACUCUUCUACAUGCAACAUACAUAUACCUCUAAUAUUCCAAGGUUCUCUCUUCUAAAAGCCUCUAGCCUGCAGCACAUCUCACAUUUGAAAAAACAAACAUACAAGCAUUCUUACUUCCUGUUUGUAUUGUCCAAGGUAACACUGUCAAACAGCACGCUUCUGUUAGCUGGAUGGUGCUUUAAUACUAAUAUUAGCUGUUGUCUAAUGAUAGCCAGCAGUGAUAGUUACUGAGCAUUUCGUUUACUUUAAAUUGGGCCCUGAUGUCUUUUGUGGAACUAUCAAAAAUAUUUGAAUGACGAAACAUCAGAUUUUAAAAUUUCAACCUGAAGCACAGAAAUAUGGCAUCAUCUUCUGAUGACGGGGUUUGGGUUUUCCCACCCUGACUGUAACAUCAAAUGUUUUUAGCUUUUUUUUUUUUUCAAUUAAUAACAACUUUUAAAAAAAUUAUUUUCCAUCAGAUAACCAAGCUUCAGGAUCCACUCCAUCCAAAACAGCUGCUGCUGCUGCAGCACGACCCAAAGGCUCUGUGAUUGACCUUACUGAGGACGAUGAUGAUGUGCAAGGUAAAGGUUACACUAUUACCUUUUUUAUGUCUUAAAGUUUACUUUCUUUAAAAGCAGCUCUAAAUAAAUGUUUGAUACUGAAUAUUUUUCUUCUCCAGUCACAGGAGUCAAAAAGGCCACCACCCCAACUCCAUCAUCCAGCCAGCGUCCCGCCCCAGUUAUCAGCAUCCCUAACAGUAAGAAAGCACGAUUAUUCACUUUGAUAAGUGGAAGAACAAACUCUAUGAGAUGUAGUUACCACAGCUGGAGUGUACAUGUUGUUUACAAUUCAGAUAUGACAACAGAAAAGAAGCGUUUAUACACAGGAGAGUCAAAUGUCAUAACUGAGGUUGACUCCAAAUCCUGGCUAUUUGUCAUUUUAAUCAGUGCGAGGAAUACAUUAAUUCUAAAAUAAAACGGGUAAUAUAAGAUUCACCUAAAUUUUUUAUCUUUGCCUUGUCCACAGGUGCAGGAGCAAGGUCAUCCCCGCAAACCACUCAGAGCUCUACCAACAAUCCUCAUGUAACGGUCCACCACCGCCCCCCACAGGUGAGGACACAGAAGUGUAUUUUACAUGUUGUGUACAACAUAGUUUUUUUUGUAGUAAAACAGCUCCAAGUUCUCAGUUUGAUUACACAGUAUGUGACUAUUUUUUUAAAGCUCUUUUCUGACAUGCUCUACCGAACAUGUCUGCUAUCGGCCCAUUACUCAGAUUUUUAAAGCAAAAAGCUUCAGCGGACAUCUGAUUUAAAAUUGAGGGUUUACUGGUUCAGCUGUUGAGAACCUUAACUCAUGUGAAUGUCCAGACCCUCCUUUCAUACAAAUGGUCCCCUUGAUGUUUUUUAAAUUGCACAAUAAAUAGUAAGAAAUCUUGAAAUUACUUGUUAAGUUUUUUGAGACCUUAACUCAUACCAUUUUUCUCUCUUACAGGAAUCAGCGGUGAAAUCCCGCACUGCCACGAGCGCAACACCCAGGAACCCCAACCUGUCGCUGCCUCCUCUCCCUACUGCACCGGCACCGGCGCGCCUACCCCCAGAGGCUGAGCGGACCUCACUUCCUCAGCAGCCUCAGCUGAAGCUGGUGCCAAGCCAGACCGGUAUAGUGUUGUCCUGGUGUGUGGCAGAAACGGAUCAGACCUGUGCGACAGUGGACAGCUAUCACCUCUAUGCCUUCCACCAAGACAACUCAAGCAGCAGUGCAGGGCAGCAGCACUGGAAGAAGAUCGGAGAAGUGAAUGCCCUUCCCCUGCCCAUGGCCUGUACGCUGACACAGUUCCAGUCUGGCUCCACUUAUUAUUUUGCUGUUCGAGCCAAAGACAUUUAUGGGCGCUUUGGUCCCUUCUGCGAACCUCAGUGCACAAACGUCAUCACUUCAAACUCCAGCUGAAAAGUUAAGGAAUGAAAACAGCUUUUUCAUUUAAAAAUUAAAGACUCUCUGUAGUUCUCUUUUCUUGUGUUAGGAACUCAAAUAUCGCGUGUUUAACACUCUUAGUAUCUGUAAAUAUCCCUGCAUAACAACUGGACUUCUGACUGAUUUGGAGAACUGACAAGUCAGACUGUUGGUUUCGUCUGGUUAUUGUAUGUCAUGUGUUUUUCUUUUGUGACUUGAACUGUUGUUUAUAUAACUGAAUGACUUUGCCUCUCUACAAUGUUGGAUAUUUAUGUUGUUGACUCCAUUAUUCUGAUCCAGAUAUAUCUCGCUUUACUUGAGUAUAGGUGACAGAAAUAUCAGUUUAGACUCAGAAUUACACAGAAAUGUAUAAAUGUGUGGUAGAAACUGAAUGAAAAUUUUUGUAAAUUUUGUCUGGCAACCAGACUUUGACAAACAAAUAAAAGGUUUUAUUAAGGUCUUAGC